UGGAAAGGGAAAAUGUGCAGAAAAGGACUUUUACCCGAUGGAUUAAUUUACAUUUGGAAAAGUGUAGCCCCCCUCUGGAAGUUAAAGAUUUGCUGGUUGAUAUUAAAGAUGGCAAAAUUCUGAUGGCAUUACUGGAAGUGCUGUCUGGACAAAAUCUGCUGCACGAGUACAAGUCUUCAACCCAUCGUAUUUUUCAGCUGAACAAUAUUGCAAAAGCCCUUAAGUUUUUGGAGGACAGAAAU